GUACAACCACUUUAAACGCCUCAAACAAGGGAUGAACACCGUCGGCUCCGAUAGUCCUGACGUUCAAUAUGUCAAAAUACUAAACGCCAUUURAAGCCCUAAGCCACAGGAUUCUAAACUAGGUCGUCUUAUCAGCUCUGAAAUCAAUACAAGUGGGGUGUUCGAUCCAGUGUUGAAUACGUCACCAAGGGUACGAUAACAUAGAGGCAACCAAACCCUUGUGGUGUCAAAAGAGUGUUGAUUUGUCACAAGUGAAGACCUUUCGUUCACCAGCUACUUGUAAUAAAAGGCAGGCAGUCACUCGUCAAGCUUCGGCUAUCGCUAUCACGUGUAGAGAGACUGUUUACGUUAAGUAUCAGUUUUUUUUCUACGUUUAACAAAUUUCGRGCGCUUUGAACUAGAAGUAUAAUGAAGAGGCUGUCCUUGAUCUUCGCGUUGUUGUUCCUCCUUAUGGGGCAAGUCGAUACGUCCUGGCUGUGGAUGGGGGUCGCUUCUCUCGGGACCAAGAGCUCUUCUGUAGUUUCAAGUUGUAGUCGUGUGCCAGGACUUUCGUCACRGCAACGUAAGAUGUGUAUCUUGAAACCUGACGUGAUUCCGAGUGUAAGCGAAGGUGCCAAGAUUGCCAUUGAAGAAUGCAAGCAACAGUUUAAUCAUGAACGAUGGAACUGUUCAACAUCAAAUGAUGCAACGGUAUUUGGACGUUUGCUUGAUAUAGGGAGCAAAGAGACAGCGUUCGUGCACGCGAUAACAUCCGCUGGGGUCGUCCACGCAGUCAGCAAGUCUUGUAGCCGAGGAAACCUCACAGAGUGUACUUGUAACUCCAUAAAAAAGAAGAACUCUCCUGCACGCGGCUGGAAAGAAGCAGGGUGUCGCGAUAAUGUAAAGUAUGCCAUAUGGCUGUCACAGACCUUCGUCGAUGCUCCUGAUAAAAAUGAUCGUCGAGCGCGUUCCAUAAGCAGGGAACGAGCAAUGAUGAAUCUGCAUAACAACCAGGCAGGUCGCCAGGCCGUUGUGACCCUUAUGAAACCACAGUGUCGUUGCCAUGGUGUUUCCAGCUCCUGCGCCGUCAAAACCUGCUGGGACUCUGUGCCAAACUUCGAAGAAGUUGGGUCCUACCUUAAAGACAAAUACCUCARCGCUAUCCCCGUCGUGUACGUCCGAAGAAAAAAGAAACUUCGAAGGCAAGACCGCAAGAAGUGGAAAGUCCAUGUCCCUGACACUUCACUGAUAUAUCUACAAUCUUCUCCGAACUACUGCGUGCGGAACGCUCGGCUUGGAAUCGUCGGUACCUCGGGUCGAGAAUGUAAGAAGGAUUCCRAUGGUCGUGACAGGUGCGAGAAUUUGUGUUGCGGAGGUGGCUAUAACACGCGGACCAUCCGAGARACUCGCCAAUGCGCUUGUAAGUUUAUCUGGUGUUGUAAAGUCAAAUGCAAGGUGUGCGAGAGCAUUAAGGACCAGUAUACCUGCAAAUGACGAAACUGAGCAUGCGCGAGUGGUAUACUAAAACAGCUCGUGUGAAUAAGAUUCUGACUAAUUUAGUACGAUAGCUAACAAGUUAAGUCCUAGACCAAAAAAACAUMUUAUUAUUGGUUGAAAAGCUCUUUUUAGCUAAAGACCCUGCAACCAUGUUGGUUGAAAUAAAAUGAUUAACAACGUUGAACUAUCAACAGCGACAAUCUAAAUGAUCGCACAUACGGUUCAACCAAGAUGGAGGCGGCGAUGACGUCACUGGUUACCACAGCAACAUGUUUUGUACUUCGGUCUUGAGUGCGUUUCGACAAGUUAGGUUCCUACAUGUGAAGUUUUUAGUAGAAACGCUAUUUUGAAAAACGAACGGUGUUUGCAUGGAUUUUCGGCUGUGAUUAGAAAUCUGCUACUCGCUAACUGAAUGAAAAAAUAAUGAUGAAAAAUCAGUGAGCAUGAAUGACGUAAUGUCUUUCAYAUAGCACCGCUGACCCAGGAUCGCAGACGCUGACAGGAGUUUAGAAUUUCACAGUUCAUAGGAUAGCUGGUUAACAGGAUAAUGUAAACACUUAAUAUUAAGCAAAUAUAUAUAAAUAUCUAUUUAAUAUGAUAAAAUCAAAAUUUCGUGACCUGCUUAUAUUUUUUUUCAAACGU